AUGGGAGCAUAGUAAUGUUGUGGCUCAUAAAUAAUCACUCAUUCCUCUCAUUCAAUUUCAAAUUCAAUAUCUCAGGAAAGUUAAUUUACAAAUGACAUCGAUGUCUUUAGGAAAGUUGUCAUCUAACCUAUUAAACCUUUACCUCUUAAUAGACUUGAGAACGUAAAAGAAGUUAUGGAUGAUGACAUUGAUGAUAUAUUGAAUCAUUUUCAUGAAUUAGAAAAUGAAUGA